AUGGCGGGCUUCUGGAUUUCUUCGCUUUCGGCAAUCCUUGUCAUUCAUGCUCGAAAUGCUCGAGCGUAUGUGGAGAUGUCCUGGAACACGUCCUACUACUUUGGGCCCGAUGGACCCUGGCAAGCAGUGACGCUGGGUGUACAGAACAACCGCACUUCACAACUCCAUACCGUCAAUCUGCUACCCGCCGAGAACAGUCUCAGAUACACUCAGAUACCGACGCCCGAUGUUUGCGCUUUGCCAAACGCUACCGAAUACUGUGGCAUCGGCGGCACGAUGGACUUCCCGAACGUCUUCACGAACACUUCGCUCUGGACUAGUAACGACGAGUAUUUUACAUCAGGCGUGGUCGCAAAUGUCAUGCUCAAUAGUGGGACGAUGCGAGCGAACGAUGUCGCUGUGGCGCCGGUCACGAAUAGGACCAAUUCACAUACAAGAUACCCGACUGGCGACGUGCCAGGUCUUGAGAUAGGCUUCUUUUAUGCUGGAGCAUCGCCUUCGAGCGCAGACUGUUCGAUCGAUGGAUGCAGCUUCGCCCAAGGGCUUGAAGAUUCCAAUCAGAUCUCCUCGACAUCAUAUGGUCUGCACGUCGGAUCUGCAAGCCUAGAAUACGCAGGAUCACUGAUACUUGGAGGAUACGACAGAAGUCGGAUAGCUGGGCCGUCAAUUGCUGCCAUCGCGGGAUCCGUCAACUCGUAUGGGGCAUUAGACCCAAAUAGCUUCCGCCUCCAGGACAUCAUCAUCGGCGUAGAGUCGGGCGCCUCUCCCUUCGCUUUCACCAACAAGACUGGCCUUCUCCACGGUUCCGACUCUUCCACAGCGCAACCACUACCCGUGAUUCUCGAACCCUCCUCAGCCUACAUUGGCCUGCCUCAGGACGCCGUCACCAACAUCGCAGCCGAACUGCCAGUCACCCACGACGAGACAACAGGCUACUACCUCUGGAACACAGCCGAUCCAUCAUAUUCGGAUAUUGUCAUGAGCACCUCCUAUCUCGGCUUCGUCUUCCGUACAACGACAACCUCAGGCCAGAACACUAACGUAAACAUAAAAGUUCCCUUCCCCCUAUUGAACCUCACCCUCGAACCCCGCGCUUCCGGCCUCGAGAGCUCCGUCCCCUAUCUCCCCAUCGUCGUCCGCGAGAGGACGUCAUACGAGUUCUACAACUUCGGUCGAGCUUUCUUGCAAGCAGCUUUCCUCUUCGAGGAUUCCUCAGACAACACAACAAUCCUAGCACAAGCACCUGGCCCCAACAUAAACGGGUCCGACAUCCGAGACUACGACCCCUCCUCCAGUCUCGACAUUCCCUCAGAUCCAUCCAUCUUCACCUCCUCCUGGGCUGGAAUCUGGACACCCCUGCCCUCCACGUCAUCCCCUUCCGCGUCCUCAGGCCUCAGCUCAGGAGCAAAAGCGGGUAUAGCGACUGGCACCAUAGCUGGCGUAGCUCUUCUCGUCGUCAUAGCCUUCUUCAUUCUCCAACGAAGACGAAGGAGCUCGGGCAAGCCAGCUAUGUUCGCGAGUAAGGAGGGUAAGCCACAGUCGAGAUGGAGCUGGAGAGGUGUAGGACGACACAGACAGAUUGUGACGCCGCCGGUGGAGUUGCAUGGGACGAGUAGCGGUGCGGAAAGGGUUGAGAUUGACGGAAGAGAGCUUUACGAUGUGAAGAUUGAGACACCUAGUUUGGUCAGUCCGUUGACACCGGGUGCGGGUGGGGGAGGGUAUCAUGCUAGGUAG